UAUUAAUAGGUUAGCCAUAGAUUCAAGUACAUUAAAGUCGGCUUUGCCUUUGCUCCGAUGCCAUGGCAACUAUGGCAACUCAAGAUAUCGUGGAUGGGGAAUACAGCGAAGAAGAACCCUCACAGCAGACAAAUGCUUGGGGAAGAUUACUUCCCCUUGGAACAAGUUUUAUUGCAAUGGACUUAGUUGCAGACUGCUACACUUUUGGGAGGGGCGAGGAGUGUGAUGUACCUUUUAGCACACAUGCAGCAAAGACCCAUCAAUGUUUUCAAGCCUACAGUAAAGUGCACUUUAAACUUUAUAAACAACAGUCAAAUUCAGGAACUCACAUUGUGUUAGAGGAUACUAGCAGUAAUGGAACAUUCAUUAAUGGGGAUAAAGUGGGUAAAGGAAAGAAACAGGUACUAAAUAACAAUGAUGAGAUAGCCCUUGCUAUGAAGAAAAAUAAAGCCUAUGUAUUUAUGGAUCUGAAUGCUAACGAAGAUGCCAAUCUUCCACUUGAGCUGACUGAGAAAUACACACUAACCCGCGUCUUAGGCAGGGGAGCUUGUGGAGAAGUCAGGCUGGCAUUUGUCAAAGGUUCCUGUGAGAAGUUGGCCUGCAAGAUUAUAUCCAAGAAGAAGUUCUCAAUGGGUGGCAAAUCUCAAGUUAAUUUAGCUGCUCAAGUUAUGGGUGAGGUGAAAAUUUUAAAAUCUCUGAAACAUCCGUGUAUCAUUGGAAUAGAGGAUGUUAUAGACACACCAGAUAUGCUGUACAUUAUCUUAGAGCUGGUGGAGGGAGGCGAGCUGUUUGACAAGGUGGUGUCUAUAGACAAGUACGACGAGCAGACGGCCAAACUUUUGUUUUACCAGAUGGCCACAGCAGUCAAGUAUCUUCAUGAUAAGGGCAUCACACACAGAGAUCUUAAGCCAGAAAAUAUUCUCCUUGCAUCAGAUGAUCUGGAGACAUUGAUUAAGGUGACAGACUUUGGUUUGUCCAAGUUUGUGGACGCUGGGUCAAUGAUGAAAACAUUCUGUGGCACCCCCACAUACCUUGCGCCAGAAAUUCUGCUGACCGCAGGCAAUGGAGCCUACACCAAAGCCAUAGACUGCUGGAGUCUGGGGGUCAUCUUGUUCAUCAUGCUGUCUGGGUACCCUCCCUUCUCUGACGAGCGUCAGGACAUGGACUUACCUAAACAGAUUAUGGGAGGUCACUACACAUUUCCUCCGCAGUACUGGAAGGGUGUGUCAGAAACUGCCAUUGAUCUCAUGAAAAAAAUGAUGGUCGUUGACCCCAAGAAAAGAUUAACUUUUGCUGAUGUCCUCAACCAUCCCUGGUUAAAGGAUGAGGAAAUGAAGGCUAAAGCAAACGCCCUGAUGUACCCAAACUCUGAUGGAAUGGUUCCUCCAAAAGUGCCUCUAGCCAAAAGAAAGGCAACAGUAGAUGGGGACGGGCCGGAGCAGAAGAGGAAGUCGUCAUCUGACACAAAUACACCACCAGAGACACCGUGAGGUGGUCGUAGUCACAACCACAGGCCACUAUGUUUCUGUACAGUCAAACAUUUUCUACUGCAGACCUUAUCUCUACUGCAGAAUGUCAAUCCUAUCCAAAGUCAAACACUUUGUAUAACAUAAUGUUGCUCAUGUUGAUUUUUAAAUGCAUGUUUUGUUGUAUGAGUUAUUUGUAACAACAUUGUAUAUACUUUGAUUGAAUCAACCUUUAUAUGAGCUGCCUCUGACCAGUGUCCAUGUCAUGGGUCACCAGUUUGUGCUGGCCACACAUUUCAAGGCCCCUGGACUUUUUAUACCAAGUUGUUUACAAAUUUUAACAUUUUUAUAUUUUAGAAUCCAAUUGUUAUCUUUAUAAAACUGUAUUAAGAAUUGUUAUCAACAAAUGUUUGAUU